AUGUUUGUGCCGCAUACGCGCCCCGUCUUCGCACAGGCUUCCUCUUCCUCCUCCAUCAUCCCGCCAACGGCCCAGGGUGUCGACCGCCCCUUCUUCAAGGACGGCUCCCUCGACAUCAGGGGCCCCGACGACGUCAACCCGGAGCUGAUCAAGUACAGUGGCACAGGGCACGUCCUGCCGCCACGGGACGUCCUCCUCAUCCGCGCGGGCUUCAUGCCGCCCUACAAGGGACGGAGCGUCGCGGGACAAGCCCGACUCGAUGUAGGACCGACCCGAGAACUUGCAGCGCGGGCAUCGAGCAGGGAGCAACCACUUCGCGGUGGUCGCGUCGGACAUGCAGAGCUCGAGCAUUGGCCGGCCCCCAAAGGCGUCCCGCACCUGCACCAGACGCUCCUCGGCCGGGGAAUGCCCAUCGGAGAGUUCUUCGACCUCGAGGCGCUCUCGACGCACUGUGCCGAGACCAGCCGCUACUCGUUCUGCUUUUCGUCGUGGCCGCUCAACUUCGCCCUCGGAGGCAUCGGGAGGUCCCCAAACGCCGCUGCGUACUUUGGAGAGGGAGAGAGUGGUAGAACGUCGAACAAUGGGGUGCUUUGA